GCAUUGUUGUCUCACGACGAUCAAACAUGAUGCCACAUUCUUCAAAUCUAUCAUGCCAAACUUGAUCAACUUCUCUUUAAAGUACAGCAUCGUUGAGCAACAGCCAUGGUAACAACACGUCACUCCCUCCCCUCUCAGCCCGUCAACAACAACGAACAAGCCGGCCCCUCAACCUUGACCGCGAAACAGCAACGUGAGCUUAAGAAGUUGCGCCUCGAUGCCAACGAAGCCAUAUUGAAUGGUGAGAGAGGGGCAGUCGAGGGGCCAACGUAUUCGUGGAAAGGGUCCAUCUAUCAGUUGACCGAUGAUACGCCUACCGAAUGGCUUCAGUUCGAGUCGACGAGGCAUAAGAAGAGGAAGAGUGCGCUGAUCGUGGACGAUGAGGAGAGUGUCAGCGCGGAUGAUGGUGGUGUUGCGAAGAAAGCGAAGGUGGAUGUUGCUAACACUGCCGUUGACGAGCCCGAGUUGCGCUUGGAGAGCGGCACGAAAGGUGGUAUCCCAAAGAAGGCGGAGGUGGGCACUCCUAUGAACGAGCCGGACGCGAGCGUGGCGAACGCGGUUGUCAUGGAGAAAAUUGCAGGCAAGAAGAGGAAGAGGCAGGAUUAUGAUGUCGAAGGUGAAGGCUCGCGUGAAGGCCAACGUGAAAGCCAACGCCAGUGCCAAGGUGAGGGCCAACAUGAAAGUAGCGAAGGUGAAGGUGAACGUGAAAGCAGAAGCGAGAAGACGACCACCACCACAGCUGCAACACCAAACAAACGUGCCAUCAAGCGGCCAGCCAUCGAGAAGCCGGUGAGAACUUCCAACUUGUCUAGUACACAACCGACAUUCAUCAUGGACCCCCCAUCCGGCGAACCUACCCACGACCGCUCCUACUCCUCCAAAGUCCUCAACAUGACCAACGGACCCCGCGACACUAUUUCCUGCGCCCAAGCCGCACGCAACCGCGCCGCCGCUCUAGGCUACACCGUCGAACCGUUCAGACAGUCAACUCUCACCCGCAACAAAAGCGUGCAUUCCGCUGAAAUGGUUGCUAAAUGCGCCAAGCUCAAUACACGGAUAAAGAAGCACGAGGAGGAGUUCGACAAGCGAUGGGAGAACUAUCCGCCGUGGAUCCCGAGGCAGGACAGGGCCGAGUAUAGGCGGAGGAUGAUGGUUGAGCCACUGCCCAGUGGGAUGCCGCAUCUUGGUCAGGAGAAGUAUCGAGCGGGUAGAAAUGUGGCUUUGUACAUACAGGACGUCAGAGCGUGGCUGGAGUCGGUGUUAGGUCGACGAUUAUCGCUGGUGAACGAUUCCAAGGAGCCAGUCGGCGAGGACAGAGGAUCUAACACCGAAACUUUCCGGCAUGACUCCGCGAACCCAGAAUCGCCUCCUGCUGUAAUGGAGAGGCCUCGCUAUUUGAAGGGCAGGGCGGAGGAGAUCGUUUUUGGAGGCAGGAUGAUUGGAGAGAACUGGCGGAUGAAGGAUGAGCGAGUGGAGAGGGAACGGCAAUGGCUCGUUGAUGUGCUGGAAUCGGGGAGGGAGCACUUGCGGCUGUAGCUUUAGUUGCUUGCAGCUGUAUCCGCGCAGUGUGGCUUUUAUAUCAAGGACUGCAGUACCACCCUCGUCUAUCGAAAGCAAAGCAAAGCGAUGUGUGCUGCAUUCCUGGAUCGUCUCGAAGGUGAAUAGCAGAGUCAUCUCACCAUUCCCAUCUCGGAU